AUGACCUCUGCUAUGGCCUCUACUAUGCCAUCUACCAGACUCGGGGCUGGUAGCCUCGCGCUGGGCUUCCUCGGCGAGAGACAGAAGCUCAAGAGAAAGAGAAGCGACAAGGAAAGAGACAGGGCAGCCAGAGUGAUCGUACCGGUCAGGGCUCUGGGCUGUGUCCGGGCGAGUCUCGAGCAGGCCGCCUUGCUCUCCCUACCACUGGUGGUGCAUCUAGUAGGAGAGGAUGAUGACAGUGUCGAAGACAGUGAUGCCUGCAUCGAGAUGGCAGCAGAGCUGGGUGUGACCCUGAUAAGCUGCCAGGAGGGAGACGAAAAGAAGACGACGGCAUUGGCGGUGCAGGUUGCUCCGUCAAUGGUGCUUCACAAGGAUGCAGCAAAGAUACCAGCGGAAGAAGAUGCAGUCUAUGACUUGCCGCAGACAACAGGGGGAGAACUCAAGACCAGUAACAAGUACGAGUAUCACGGGCCUUCGGAUGCUGUCUCCGUGGUAGCUGUCUUUGGCCAUGCUGCUGCCAGUGAUGCUCUCAGGACGACAGGACUGUUGGUGGUCAAGACCUGGCCGGCGGGGGCAGACGAAAUGGCGAAGGUCCUUCCAGAGACAAUCAAGACCGUGGGGGUCCUUGGAGGCCAGCAGGAGUCGCUAUUCAGACAAAUGCUCCCUCUCGGCCUUAGAGUGGCCCUGGUAAGCCUGACCAGCAGGACUCUUGGUGACUUUACCGGAAGCGAGGUUGAACAACAAAAGACCGUCGAGAAGGAGAAAAUAGACAUAGCCGAAGAAGAACAAGAAGAAGAAGACAAGGUAACUGUUGAAGAUGUUACUAAGGGGCUUCUCUUCAAGGAGGCUCUUGGGGCAAAAACGACCUUACCAAAACUCCCAGCAAAGACCUACGCUGUCACCGUCAAGGAGAACCGCAGGCUCACUCCAACACACUACCACCGUCAUAUUUUCCAUCUGGAGCUAGACCUGGGUGACUCUGGCUUGACAUACGAGAUAGGAGAGGCCCUAGGAGUACAUCCCGAGAACUCUUCUCAAAAUGUGCAGGAGUUUGCUGCCGCUUAUCCCUUAGAUCUGGAUGAGAUAGUCAGUUACCGGACAGAAGAAGGCAGGCAGACGCAGACGACCUACCAGGCACUCAGAAGGCUCGACCUUUGGGGUCGGCCGCCCAAGAAAUUCUACCUCGACCUUAGCGAACAUGCUACCGACCCCAAGGAGAAGGAGAGACUUGCUCACCUUGCAUCUCCGGCGGGCAAAGACGAGUUCAAGCAGCGUUCAGAUGUUGACAUGUUGACGUACGAAGACAUCCUCCUGGAGUUCCCCUCGGCCAGACCUACAUUCACCAGUUUAGCCGCCAUGGUAGGCCCCGUCAAGCGACGAGAGUACUCCAUUGCUUCCUGUCAACGCCUAGCACCCUCCAUCGUGGCCCUCAUGGUCGUCGUCGUGGGCUGGACAGACGGACGUGGCAGAGCUCGCUCAGGUCAUGCAUCUACCUACCUCUCCAGACUGUCCCCCGGUGCCCCCCUGACGGUCAGCGUUAAGCCCAGCGUCAUGAAACUCCCUACCGACCCCAUGGCACCGCUCAUCAUGGCUGGACUGGGCACCGGGCUCGCUCCCUUCCGCGCAUUUGUCCAGCACCGAGCCCUGGAGAAGGCUCUGGGCAAGGAAGUUGGUCCUGUGCUGCUGUAUAUCGGAGCCCGUCACCAGCGAGAAGAAUACUGCUACGGCGAAGAGUGGGAGGCCUACGCUGCCUCGGGCGUCAUCACUCUGCUUUCGACCGCCUUUUCACGAGACCAGCUACACAAAGUCUACAUCCAAGACCGCAUGAGACAGACCCUUCCCCAGAUAGCCGAUGCGUACCUCGCUAAGCACGGCUCAUUCUACCUGUGUGGGCCGACGUGGCCUGUUCCCGACGUUACCGCCGUCCUUGAGGAAGCGGUAGCGUCUCUUUCCACAGACACCAAAAUAGACACCCGCGCUGAGAUGGACCGGCUUAAGGACCAGCACCGCUUCGUCCUGGAGGUCUACUAA